UGUGUCCCGGGGAAGGGACUUUACAGGCCCCGCUGCCUGCGUGGGCUCGGUGCUGCCGGUGUCCCCGGCAGGAGCGCCGCACCUUACACUCACUGGAGAUUCCAGCCGCCUUUUCCAUCCUCGGAGUCACCGGGCCUCUGCUGCCGAUUCUAAGAAUCGGGAGGGCCGUGGUGUUUCGGACUGACCAACUUAGUUCCUUUUCUGUUUCAAAGGGAGACGCUGGUUUUCACCAUGAAUUUUGAAGGUCUCGACCCCUCCCUUGCCGAGUAUGCUCCCCCCCUCCACCCCGCACUGGACCCCGUCCUGGACCCCCACCUCAACCCCAGCUUGCUGCAGAACGUGGAGCUGGAUCCCGAGGGCGUGCCGUUGGAGGGUAUCGCGGUGCCGGAGUCGGUGCACCUCAUGGAGGGCAUGUACAGCGAGCUGCACACUGCCGUCUCCGAAGUGGGGGUGCCCGUCUCUGUCUCCCAUUUCGACCUGCACGAAGAGAUGCUGUGGGUUGGGAACCACGGGGGCCAUGCCACCUCUUUCUUCGGCCCGACGCUGGAGCGAUACUCCUCCUUCCAAGUGAACAGCAGCGAUGACAUCCGCCAGAUCCAGAGCCUGGAGAACGGUGUCCUUUUCCUGACCAAAACCAACCUGAAGUACAUGUCACGGGGAGGCCUCAUCAUUUUUGACUACCUCAUGGACGAGUCCGAGGACAUGCACAGCCUCCUGCUGACCGACAGCAGCACGCUGCUCGUUGGCGGGCUGCAGAACCACGUCAUUGAGAUAGACCUCAACACCGUCCAGGAGACGCAGAAGUACACCGUGGAGGUUCCCGGCAUCACCAUCAUGAGGCAAUCAAACCGCUUCUUCUUCUGUGGGCACACCUCGGGGAAGGUCUCCUUGCGGGAUCUGCGCACAUUUGUGGUGGAACACGAAUUCGACGCGUACUCGGGCAGCUUGUCUGAUUUUGAUGUCCAUGGGAACCUGCUGGUGACCUGCGGCUUCUCCAGCCGAAUGAACGGCCUCGCCUGCGACCGCUUCCUGAAGGUGUAUGACCUGCGCAUGAUGCGGGCCACCACCCCGCUGCAGGUCCACAUCGACCCCUUCUUCCUCCGCUUCAUCCCCACCUACACCUCCCGCCUGGCCAUCAUCUCCCAGACAGGGCAGUGCCAGUUCUGUGAGCCCACCGGCCUCGCCAACCCCGCUGACAUCUUCCACGUGAACACCGUUGGGCCCCUGAUCAUGACCUUCGACGUCUCGGCCAGCAAGCAGGCCCUGGCCUUUGGUGACUCAGAGGGGUGCGUCCACCUCUGGGCCGACUCCCCGGAGGUGACCUUCAAUGCCUACUCCCGGGAGACCGACUUUGCCUUGCCCUGCAUCGUGGACACGCUGCCCCACUUGGACUGGAACCAGGACCUCGUGCCGCUCUCGCUCAUCCCCGUGCCGCUGACCAGCGACACCCUGCUCUCUGACUGGCCCGCUGCCAACUCUGCCCCGGCACCCCGGCGAGCCCCUCCAGUAGACCCCGAAAUUUUGCGCACCAUGAAGAAAGUGGGGUUCAUCGGCUAUGCCCCAAACCCAAGGACCAAGCUCCGCAACCAGAUUCCUUAUCGGUUAAAAGAGACAGACAAUGAGUUCGACAGCUUCAGCCAAGUCCCCGAGUCCCCGAUUGGGCGGGAAGAGGAGCCGCACCUCUACAUGGUGGCCAAGAAGUACAGGAAGGUCACGAUCAAAUACUCCAAGCUGGGGCUGGAAGACUUUGACUUCAAGCAUUACAACAAGACGCUGUUUGCGGGCCUGGAGCCCCAUAUCCCCAACGCCUACUGCAACUGCAUGAUCCAGGUGCUGUAUUUCUUGGAGCCAGUCCGCUGCCUGGUCCAGAACCACCUGUGCCAGAAGGAGUUCUGCCUGGGCUGCGAGCUGGGCUUGCUCUUCCAUAUGCUGGACCUGUCCCGAGGAGACCCCUGCCAGGGAAGCAACUUUUUGCGGGCUUUCCGCACAAUCCCAGAGGCUUCGGCGCUGGGGCUGAUCCUGGCUGACUCGGACGAAGCCACAGGGAAGGUGAACCUGGGGCGGCUGAUUCAGAGCUGGAACCGUUUCAUCCUUACUCAGCUGCACCAGGAAACCCAGGAGCAGGAGGGACCACAGGCAUAUCGGGGGGCUGGCAGCAGCUUUGGUUCCUCGGGGGACUCGGUUAUUGGGCAGCUGUUCAGCUGCGAGAUGGAGAACUGCAGCAUGUGUCGCUGCGGCAAGGAGACCGUCCGCGUGUCCUCCACGCUGCUCUUCACCCUCUCCUACCCUGAGAGCACUGAAAAGCCGGUCAAAGAUUAUGAGUUUGCCCAAAUUUUAAAGCGGAGCAUCUGCUUGGAGCAGAACACACAAGCCUGGUGCGAGAACUGUGAGAAGUACCAGCCCACGGUCCAGACCCGGAACAUCCGCUGCCUGCCGGACGUCCUGGUCAUUAACUGUGAGGUGAACAGCUCCAAGGAGGCAGAUUUCUGGAAGACACAGGCUGAGUAUGCCUUUCAGAGAGCCGUGAUGAAGAGAGGAGGCUUUGAGAUCACCAAAGGCAAAGAAAUCUCUCUGGGAGAGUGGAAGGAGCUGGGGAACCCCGACACGGGGCAUUCGUAUCCUUCUGUGGAGGAACUGAAGAACAUUUGGAUCCCCCACGCCAUCAAGAUGCGGCUGACCAAGAGCAAGGAGCUAGAUGUCUGCAACUGGAGUGAGAACGAUGAGUUGAGCCCCACGGAUGACCCCGACUCGGUCUAUGUCUACGACCUAAUGGCCACUGUCGUCCACAUCCUGGAUUCCCGCACAGGAGGCAGCCUGGUGGGGCACAUCAAAGUGGGAGAGACCUACCACCAAAGGAAGGAGGGAGUCACGCACCAGCAGUGGUACCUCUUCAACGACUUCCUCAUCGAGCCUGUGGAUAAGUGCGAGGCGGUACAGUUCGACAUGAGCUGGAAGGUGCCGGCUAUCCUCUACUACGCCCGGAGGAACCUCAACGCCAAAUACAACCUCGUCAUCAAGAACCCCAUCGAAGCCAGUGUGCUGCUGGCAGAGGCUUCCCUGGCUCGCAAGCAGCGCAAGUGCCAUGCCACCUUCAUCCCCCUCAUGUUGAGCGAGAUGCCGCAGGCGGGUGACCUGGUGGGGCUGGAUGCUGAGUUUGUCACGCUGAAUGAGGAGGAGGCUGAGCUGCGCAGCGACGGUACCAAAUCCACCAUCAAGCCCAGCCAGAUGUCAGUGGCCAGGAUCACGUGCGUGCGCGGGCAGGGCCCUAAUGAGGGUGUCCCCUUCAUUGAUGACUACAUCUCCACCCAGGAGCAGGUGGUGGAUUACCUGACCCAGUACUCGGGGAUCAAACCGGGAGACCUGGAUGCCAAGAUCUCCUCCAAGCACCUCACCACUCUCAAAUCCACCUACCUGAAGCUGCGCUUCCUCAUUGACGUGGGAGUCAAGUUCGUGGGCCACGGCCUGCAGAAGGACUUCCGUGUCAUCAACCUGAUGGUGCCCAAGGACCAGGUGAUCGACACAGUCUACCUGUUCCACAUCCCGAGGAAGAGGAUGAUUUCCCUGCGCUUCCUCGCCUGGUACUUCCUGGACCUGAAGAUCCAGGGGGAGACCCACGACAGCAUCGAGGACGCGCGCACGGCGCUGCAGCUCUAUCGCAAGUACCUGGAGCUGAGCCCCCAGGGCGCCGAGCCCGAGGAUUUCCGCAAGGUGCUCAAGGGCCUCUACGAGAAGGGGCGCAAGAUGGACUGGAAGGUGGAAAGGCGCUGGCCCAGCGUUCCGUUCUGCUGUCACGCUCGAAGGCCUGACCCCGCUCAUCUCGCACUCGUGCCGCAGGUGCCGUAUGCCCGGUCGGAGGCACAUCUGACAGAGCUGCUGGAGCGGGUAUGUGAGAAGAUGAAGGAAUACGGGGAAAAAGUGGAUCCGUCCACGCACCGUAAGAGUUACGUCCGGGUGAUCUCUCACGACGGGACCAAGAUGGACCUCUCCGGGGUUAAAAUUGAUGGAGACGUGGCUUCUAGCCUGAAGUUUGCGUGUGAGAGCAUCGCUGAGGAGUACGAGGAUGAACUCAUCGAAUUCCUCUCCCACGAGGCCGACAAUGUCAAGGACCGGCUCUGCAGCAAGCGGACGGGUGAGCCGGGCUGGGCUGGCCCAGGGGGGUGUAGCUGCUCCGUCAGCGCUGAGAGGGGAGGAGCUGCCUGCCCAGAGCAGGGAGGACACAGAGCUGCGCAUCCUCCCCGGAAUCCCGACAUCCCGUAGCCCUGUGGAGCAGCAGCCCCGGCGCCGGGGUGCGUCCCCACGCUGCCGGCCCAGUGCCUGGACCCUGCUGCCUGCUGGAGCUGCUGGCAGCUUUUUU